GUUGGCGGGAGAUCAAAUUAACGGCGCGGAUUAAUCUGAGUUUUAAUAAUCCUGAAGUCUGGAUCCUCUGAGGCCACAUGGAGUGCAGCGGCAAGGUGACGCCCCAGCUGAUGCUGGCUGUGGGGACGGCUGUGAUCGGCUCUCUGCAGUUUGGAUACAACACCGGUGUCAUAAACGCGCCUCAGAAUAUCAUCGAGGGUUUCUACAAUGAGACGUGGAGCGGCAGGUUCUCGGAGCCCAUCGCUCGGAGCACUUUGACGGCUCUGUGGUCCCUCUCCGUGGCCAUCUUCUCAGUGGGAGGAAUGAUCGGCUCCUUCUCUGUCGGCCUGUUCGUCACCCGCUUCGGCAGGAAGAACUCCAUGCUCGGGGCCAACGCGUUGGUGUUCUUCGCUGCUGCGUUUAUGGGUUUCUCAGAACUGGCAGCUUCCUUUGAGAUGCUCAUCGUUGGACGUUUCAUCAUUGGCAUCUACUCCGGCCUCUCCACGGGCUUCGUGCCGAUGUACGUAGAGGAGAUCUCACCGACAUCGCUCCGCGGGGCGCUGGGCACCCUGCAUCAGCUGGGGGUGGUCAUCGGGAUUCUCAUGGCGCAGAUCUUCGGGAUCGAGUCGAUCCUGGGGAACGCGUCGCUGUGGCCCCUCCUGUUGGGUUUCACUCUGCUGCCGGCCCUGCUGCAGUGCGCCCUGUUGCCCUUCUGCCCCGAGAGCCCCCGGUACCUCCUCAUCGACUGCAACGAGGAGAGCAAAGCCUGCAGCGUCCUAAUAAAGCUGCGGGGGACCGACGACGUGAGCGAGGACGUCCAGGAGAUGCGGGAGGAGAGCCAGAGGAUGCUGAGGGAGAAGAAGGUCACCAUCCCUGAGCUGUUCCGCUCUCCGGUCCACCGCCAGCCCAUCCUGGUUGCCAUCAUGCUGCAGCUGUCUCAGCAGCUGUCUGGGAUCAACGCC